AUGUAUCAAGCACCAUAUCCACCUUACGAUCCCACAGACAAGAAUAGCUUCGCAUAUGAGACGGUGCUCAAACGAUGGCCGAUCAUCCUCACGAACGUAAUCGACAAUAUCUACCUCCACGAUCACGACCUGAGCAUCGCGCUCACCGCUGGCGACGUGCCUGCUGCAGACGUUGCACGCGUGGAGGCGCAGAUAGCGGAGGGGAAGACCAUCAUCGAGCGCAUCGGCAAGCUCAAGUAUGAGAUGGCCCGGGAUCGCGCUCUCGAACCCAUUCCCGACGACGGCGAGGCCCUAGUGGACACUUACAACACUGAACUUGCACGCCUCGCAGGGGAGGGCAAGGGCACCUGGUUCACCGUUCCAUGGCUCUACGCAGAAUGCUACUUAUACCGGCUCAUGCGCUCUUACUUCGUGCAGACGACGUACUGGCGUGCGCACGACCCGUUCCUCGCUUCAAAGCAGGACACGUUCAGAGCGAGUUCCAGGGCAAUAUUCCAGCUCGCGACGACAAUGCACGAGUUCGAACGCGACAAGGACACGCUCGACGCCGACCCGGCGAACCUUAAUAUCUUAUUUAAAGAGAUGAUCCAGAUGUGCCUCUGGGGCAACGCAACGGACCUUUCCAUGCUCACACAUAUCACACAUGAGGAUAUACAGCACCUGCAGUCGGUCGGGCGCGACGCCCAAGCGGCACGUAAGGAAUUUAUUUUGAAGGAUGACCAGGACAAAGUGUGGGAGCAUCUCACGAGUCUCGGGAAGAACGCGGGUACACGAGUCGACUUCAUUUUGGACAACGCCGGAUUCGAGCUUUUCACAGACUUCGUCUUCGCUGACUUCCUCGUGACAUACACGCCCUACGUCUCCAAAGUGGUUUUCCACCCGAAGCUCAUCCCCUGGUUCGUCUCCGACGUCACCCCGCCGGAUUUCGCGUCCACGAUUACGUCUCUCCUCUCGCCGACAUUCUUCCCCCCAUCCAACGCGGCGCCCUCCGGUUUGUCCGACGCUCGCGCACACCUACGUGAGAUGGUCGAGCGGUGGGCGGCCUAUCUGGACUCGGGAGUCUUCGAGCUCGCAGUGCUGCGGGAGACACCUCUGGGUGCAUCAAACGUUAAGGCCGACUUUUGGACGUCGCCAUGGCCGUAUUGGAACAUGCAAGAACUCGCGCCUGAAGUGUUUGAGGGGUUGAAGCACAGCGGGCUGGUUAUUUUCAAGGGCGAUCUGAAUUUCCGCAAGUUAACGGGGGACGUACAGUGGCCGGCGUCAACGCCAUUUGAAACAGCUGUCGGUCCCUUGGCGGGAGCGUUCCCAAUCCUCACUCUGCGCACAAACAAGGCAGACGUGGUGGUUGCCGUCGAUGACGAGGUUGCCGCACGUCUGGACGCCAGCGGCGAGAGGUGGCGAUUCAACGGAAAGUAUGCGCUGGUGCUGUUCCUGCCCAAGACUAGAGAGUGA